AUGUCGACGUCCGACAUGUUUUCGACAUCGCGUCCGCCUGGUAUGGGGAUGCGACUUCCACCGUCGCGCAUAGAAAGUGGACGAUCCGCGCCUGACUUUGAGCACAUGCGCACCGCCGAUACAUUAUCUACACCCCACGAGCCGAUGCACAACCAAACUACCACAUACCCUGCCUUCGUCAAAGUCGAUGCUUUGCCCCCAUCUACACCGGCCCCUGCGAGUGAGCCGCUUCCAUCGAUUCCUGCCUUUCCUCCGACAGAGGUGCCGCUACCACCACCCAAACCGAGUGACGUGUAUCCGCCCCAAGUAGUGCAUGUGGGGCCACCAUUUGUCCAGCCUUCAGAAUCAGGAACACACAUGGCCACAGAACACCAAGCGCCCGACAAUGCGCUUGCAUCGAAGAUUCGUGAUCAUCCUGCGGCUCAACGAUCUUGGCCGGAGUAUCAACCGGAGGUCAAUUACCAUCACAACUUCGACACAAGCACAUCUACAUUGGACCAGUCGGUCGGCAACAUCUCUUUGCCUGUUGGCAUCGCGGCGGGUGGAUCUCAUUUACCGUGGACGAGCCAUAAUGAACCGAUCGAUGCACCACCGAGCUCCGAGCUCGCCACGGCGGUCAUCUCACCGCCACCGCAGAAUCAAGAGCUAUACCCUGAUAAUACACGUGCAGGAACAGAACCGAAUGUAAGCUCCGUGUCUGAGACAGUUGAUGCACCAUACAGUGGUGUUGGCGAUGCCUUGGUACGACCUUAUCAUGUAUCAGCGGAUGGAUCCUCGUAUCGCCUCUCUACUUGGACCAUGCCUGAGCAAGAAGACUCUGUCUUGAGUGAUAAACCCAUGUCAGGAGACAUGAAAGACACAUUGGCUCUGGAGAGUGCAAGCUCACCCAACAGAGCGAAAAACCAGCAGACGCGCACCUCGGUCAAGCUCGAUAACAACACGAUUGUCACUGCUGAGCCGUCUUUGUUUGACUCCACUUCUUCAAGCCAGACCGUACCACCACUAGAUGUUACCAAGAUGGUCUCUCGCGAUUCGGGGUCUUUUCUUUCGCAAGACGAUGUCGCUUCUGGUGCAUCGCCUGUGAAGACCGCACCACGUGCCUCUCAGCCACCGGGGCUGUUGCCCCGUGUGGCCGAGCUGCAGGAAGACCAACGAUCGUUGGUUUCCCCACAGCCCGUCGUUGAGCCAAAGCCGGAGCACACGAUUCGGUCGACCAAUGCACAGAAGCAGUUUGCCCAACACGGAGCGCCAGCUCCGUUGUCAGAGUCUGUUCAAACGUCGACGCCGGUCACGAGUCAGCCGCAACUGUAUCGUGUUGAGUGUAUGCUCGGCUCACAUACGCUCGUUUACAACGACCCGGUCUUGCAGGGCAUGCCCCCCAAGCCUGUGGCUUAUACAUACGACAAUUGGUACUUGGAGCCGGUGCCCCCGCCCACCAGCGUGCAACGUGGGCCCAGCAUCUCGGCCAUCGUUGCCAAAAGUCCGCCUGCACAGCAAGCGUAUGCUGUACCAUUGUGUCUGGGUGUAUUUACGUCGCACUUAGAGCGUAUGGAGGAGGGCGGUUAUGUUUUGGACGUGGCUGUUCCCAUGGAAUUGGAAGGCCCUCCUCAUGUAGCACCGUCGCAAGAGCCUCGACCUGUCUCACUCUCGCUAUGUCUACGAAAUGCGGCUCUUUUCUCAAUGAGCUCGCACUUGGUGAUUGCAGCGACGCCUCAUCGCCUUGUAGCAGAAAUGACCUCCGGAUCGUCUCCUGGCCUCAUGCAAGACAUCCUGCUUGGGUACCGGCAGUGUUUCAAUGCACGUCGUCUGCUGGACCUGCUGCUUCUCCGGAUGGAGUGGGCAAUUCAAAAGCUUGAUGACCCGCACAUCGUGUCAACAGCGUUGCGUGUGUUGACGUACUCGCAGUCUGCAUUGUGGCACUGGUUACGGCAUUACUACCAAGACGAUUUCCAGAAUGACGAAGCUUUGACCCGGCGUCUUGUUCAGUGGACGGCGGAUCAAGACGCUCGCUGCCAGUUCUGGCAGGUAGCGAAGGCCGUGGAUGCGCCUGAGAAGCCGCUCGUCGCACCGCACCUACCUGUUCCACCAAUUACGACACGCCAUGCGCAUAACGAAGAGCUGCCAGCAACUGAGCCGCAAGAGCGUAUGCAGGUCAUCUACUCGCUCGUUCAAGCACUAGUGCCGGCAUCUCUUCUCCCCCCUCGGGAAGAGAAAGGCGACGAGAAAAAAGAAUCGUUCUUCCUGCGCAAGUCCCGCUCACUUUCACGGAUGUUGUCCAAUACGCAAUCAAGUCCACGAUCACGCCGCGGACACUCGCGCAAGUCUAGUGGCAUGUCAGGAACAAGCGCCGGUGGCGCUGGCCAGACUCCUAGUAUGCGAACCGGUUCUGGUGCAUGGCCUGUACCGACUACGUCAGCCACAGCGGUGCCUCCGCCGACGCCGCCAAGACGCGUUUCUGACGAGGCCAACUCGAGUGGCAUCGGUGCGAAUGCCGACGUUGGUAUCAGUACUGACACCAGCACAGAUAUGCCUGAGACGAAAAGUCAAAUCGGCCGCAGUCGCUCGAUGCGCAGUCUUCGUCGUAUGCUGCAACGAAAUGGCGCGAGCGGUGUGAGUGGAAGUGAUACUUGUAAUAUUAACAGCUUCGAGAGCACACCAGAUGAGGAUUCACGUGGGUCUGUACGCAAGUACGAAAAGCUGGUGCCAGAUGAAGACGGUGAUGUGGACAUGGAUGGUGACGAGCAUGACACAGCGCUGCAGCAGCUUGAGCAAGCACUCAGCGAUACACCGCGUGCUGAGGACUUGCAUUCGGCGCGGGUUCGUGAAGGUCCAUUCCAAUGGAUUCCCCGACACAACACUUCGACGUGGAAAGAGGCACAACGCAUGUCGAUGAUGACUGCCAAGGAGAUCCAGCCGCACGUCCCGCAGCAAGCGCGCGGUUCUGUUGAGCCGGCGGUCGCGCCGCGCGACUCAUUCUUGUUGUGUCAGAGGUCCAGCACCAUCGCUCGACAGUUGAGUGGCGUCGAGCGCGAGAUCAUGUCGAAUGUCAAAUGGACAGAGCUUUCAGAGGCAUUCUGGGAUCAGCACACGGUGCGCCAGGAGCAGUGGCAGCUCGAAUACCAAGAGUUUGUUGCUCUACGUGUGCGGGAGGCCAUGGGCGAGAAGGAGGAAAGCUCGCGGAGGAAGUGCUUCGAUGGCAAGGGGAUCCAUAUGCUAAUUGCACGCUUCAAUCGGACGUGUGCUUGGGUUGCGAGCCACAUUGUAAAAGCGACGAAUCUGAGUGAGCGUGUGGCGAUUGUCAACAAGUUCAUUCGCAUCGCUUGGCACUGCUAUCGCCAAGGCAACAUGGAGUCUUUGUGCCAGAUCAUGUUCGGCCUGCAGUCGCCUUGGGUUGCGCGCUUGCAACAAACAUGGGACCGCGUCGCAAUGUGGGAGCUGCGCGCCUUUGAGGCGCUCCGUCGCUUCACAUCGCCACGUGACCAGUUUGCUUUCUUGCGAUAUUCGAUGCGAGAAGCAGUCGAGUCGAAUGUGCCCAUGCGCCGCUUCUCAAAGAUCAGCACGCCGUCGAAGCCGUACAUUCCUUUCUUCGGUUUAUUUGUGUCAGACCUGUCCACGAUUGAUUCGCUUGCAAGUUUCGUGGAUGCAGCCGGUAUGCCUAAUAUGAUGCCAUUAUAUGACGACCAAGAAUUGUCGCAAAGCUGGGAUGCCCUGGUGAAUGUGUACCGCAUGCGUAUGAAAGCAUGCAUUGUUCGCGAAUUCAUCACUCUCCAGCAAUAUCAAAGACAUGCUACGUCUUAUCCCGUGGAGCUGCCUAUCCUAGUUGAAAUGCUCCAACUUGAUACCCUGUCUGCUAUGGCCAUCCAAAGGUACGCACUUCACGAGUCGUUAUGUUACACCGCUAACCAUCUUGCAGCGCGUCAUUCACACUGGAGCCCUGAGUGCAUUCCUUCCUGUAUGCAAUUGCACGCCAUUUCCCUCUUGUGCGCACACGUUGUCCUUGAAUGGCAUAUCGAGAUGGAGGGUUCGGCACUCUCUGUCCCGGUAGAGAGGAGGGCGCAUAGGUAG